UUGGGGAGAGUGGAUGCAAUGUGUUUAGUAGCCUCGCGGAACGUGACGCUGUGGAGCGCGCGGCGGAAGUGGAUCGAGGGGGAAAGGUGAGCGAGGAGCACCCCGCGGAGACCACGCUGUGAGUAGUGCUGAGUGGCGGCGGGGGGAGAGGGAUUCUGACGUCCCAGUGCGGACCCCGAAGUUGCAGGCCCUCCGCGGGUGAGCCCUGAAGCCUCUUCCUUCUCAGUCGGGAUUGUUCGUCCUGGGCGUGGGGGAAAGGCAACGGAUCUCUUUAUAUCCCCUUUUUUCAAUGGUCUUGAUUCCCACUCAGAGCCUGGUGACAGUAGGGAAGGGAAAGUAGCGCAGGGAGAAUCCUAGAAUUGUGGGGUUGGUAGGGACCCCGAGGGACAUCUCUUCCAACCCCCUGCAAUGGAGGAAUCUCAGCUAAAGUAUCCAUGACAGAUGGCCAUCCAAACACUGCUUGAAAAUACCCAAGGAAGGACAGCCCACCACUUUAUGAGGGAGUCUGUUCCACUGCCGAACAGCUCUUACUGUCAGAAAGUUCUUCCUGAAGUUUAGUUGGAAUAUCCUUUCUUCGAUCCAUUCGUCUGGUGCAAGAGAAAACAAGCUGUCUCCAUGUGACAGCCCUUUAACUAUUUGAAGAUGGCUGUUAUGUCUCCUUUCAUUCUCCUCAGGCAAAGAUGAUGGGGCCACCUGCCAACUAGCCCUGAACUUAAGCUAGCCCUGUUGGUUUCAGCGAGGUUUACAUGAAAGUGUGUUUAAAAGUAUGUAUGGUACUGCAGUUUGAUUCUGAUGAGCACAUAUGCAAAGGAUUGCAGGAGAAGUAGGGUUUGAGUUGCAGUGGGGUUCAACAUGCUUGAGUUUUUUAAAGUUCUUAAGUGAAACAGUGACAGCUGUGUUGUGCUUCUCUUUUCCUUUAACCUGUGCUAAAUGGAUCAAAACAUUAGAAUGAGUUGUGUGUUACCCUUAUAAAACCAGAAGUGUAUCCCUUUGAGGGGAAGCCACUUCAAAGCAGGCUCAGUGGCUUGCAGUCAGGAUUUUAAACCUCUAAGCCAGGCAUCCCCAAACUUCGGCCCUCCAGAUGUUUUGGACUACAAUUUCCAUCUUCCCAGACCACUGGUCCUGUUAGCUUGGGAUCAUGGGAGUUGUAGGCCAAAACAUCUGGAGGGCCGCAGUUUGGGGAUGCCUGCUCUAAGCCUUUGAGUUUCUUAAGCCCUUUGAGCACUGUUCAGUAUGUGGCUGUAUUUGUCUUAAAAUUUUAAUUUGCUUUAAAGUUUAUACUUUGCUUUUCAAAUUGUCAAGGCAGGCAGAUAUUGCUUUCUCCAGUGGGAGUGUCCCAUGAGUGGAGUUCUGCUCAUGGGAACUCUGGAACCAACUCCUAUUCUAACAACAACAACAACAACAACAACAACGAAAAUAGAGUCCACAAACUGAACAAAACAGCAUUGAAGAAAAGUUAAAACUGAAAAGACCCAUGGUAGAUCAGGACGUUUGCUGAAUUUCUGAAUAUGGAGGAAGCACCAGUUAUAAAGAGACUAUAUGUUGGUGGACUUGGCCAUACAAUUUCUGAAACUGAACUGCAGGAAAGAUUUGGCAAGUUUGGAAAUGUGACAGAGACAGAAAUUGUGACCCGGAAAGAUGAAAAAGGGAACCCUACAAAGACAUUUGCCUAUAUCAACAUCACCCUUUCAGAAAAAGAACUUAAAAAAUGUGUAUCUGCUUUAAAUAAGACAAAAUGGAAAGGUGGGACGCUACAAAUAGAAUUGGCCAAAGAGAGCUUUUUGCAUAGACUGGCACGAGAGCGUCAAGAGGCAAGUAUAAAGAAGGAAAAGCCAGGGGGAAAUGGCAUGACAGAUGUCUUAGAAUCUAUGAAGAAAUCUGGAUUUACAGAUUUUCACAUGAAAGCAGUACCAGGAACAGAAGUACCAAAUCACAAGGACUGGGUUGUUGGCAAAUUCGGCAGAGUUUUACCAAUCCUCCAUCUUAAAGGUCAACACAGAAGUAAGACCAUAAAAUAUGACCCCUCCAAAUAUUGUCACAAUCUUAAAAAACUGGAUCAAGACCUUACUGAGAUGAUUCCUAUUUCCAAGCUCACGUGGCAUUUGGAGGAAGGCGAUGACAGCAUGAGCCAGAAACGGCAAGGGCACUUUCCUGCAUAUAAGCCACCUAAAAAGAAAAUGAGGGUGCAGGACGGGGACAGUGUGAGACGGACAGAAUUGCAUUCAUAUGGUCAGUUUUCAUCAAAAACAACAAGCAUGGCCGCAGGCAAACUAAUUCAAAGCAGCACACCCAAGACCAAAGGGCAAAGUAAAGAGCACUCAGCGCAUCAGAAGCUUGGAACUGCUUCAACACCUUGCAGGCAUAGAAACCAUCUGUCUGAAAGUGAUAUUGAUUCUGAAGAGGAAAUUCGAGCCAUAAUAGAAAGGGAGAGAGAAGUGCGUCAAGAUAAUCCUGAUAUUGAGCAGGAAGAGAAUAUGGAAGUUGUCAGAGAGGAUUUCGAGCUGAAAUAUCGCACUCAUUGGUCCUUACAGAAAGCACAAGAUGCCAAGCAAGCGCACACCGGGUGUAAUGGGGAGCUGAGGACCACUGACAAUCAGUCUGGUUAUGAUUCGGCUGACACUGAUGAAAUUAUAGCUGUGACUAGAACACCAAAUAAUGAGAAGAAGGAAGCGCCAAAGGAAUCUAAGGCAGACACGCUGGGAAAGGAUGAGAAGCCUAAGAUGCAUGCUACAAAUUCCGGAUCUUGUUUCUCAAAUGGUUUAAUAUUGGAUAAACCAAAAAGGGGAGGGAGAGCAAAGCCUGAGAAAGCAUCAGAUUCUAAGGCUGAACAGAACAGCAUCACUAAUAAGUGCAAGGCUGGGGACAGUGAAAGUUCCGUUUCAGAUCUUGACACAAGUGAGCCUGAAGGGGAUGAAGAUUACAAAAGGAUGAUGCAGGGUUGUUACCGGCUAGAUCUUACAUUAGAAGAAUUGGAAAGAUUAGCCAGUGAAAAUACCAAAGCUAUAGAUAAAGAUACUGCAAGUAACCCAAAUGACACUCCGUGUAAAAGUACUGAAUUUCCAGUUAACAGUACUGGCAAUAUUGCAAAGAAAUCCAAAGAGAUCACUACCCGGAAAAAAGGCAUUUCUCCUGAAGAGAUAAUUUCUGCCAUUUUAGAAGGAGGAAGUUCCGAUGAAGAGAAUCCGAAGAGAAAGAAGUUGAAUUUGAAAGUUCCGCCUUUCAGAGGAAUAGGGUCAUUAAGUCGAGAGCUGACUAAGGGAGAGUUGGGCACACAGGACAGUCAAGAUAACCAGACUUCUUCCGACCUUGUUGAUCCGGAAGCUUCCAAAAGGGUUUCACAGUACUCCGGCUCUGCAAGCAAAAAACCUAACUGCAAAUCGUUAAAAGAAAAUAGCACAGACUCUCUCGGAGCUUGUAUUCUAAAAUCAGGGGAAGAUUCUGACUACAGUAAACUCCGUGCAAAAAGUAGUGAGGUGGAAAGCAGUGGUGUGAGUGUUCUAUCUGAAAGAAAGAACUCAAAAAAUCUGAAAUCUAUUGGCAAGGAAACAAAGAUCGAGACGAGCAUUAAAGGUUCCAGUUUUGCACACUGUAAGAACAUGAGAAGCGAAGAGCCUGCCCUGGAUUCUGCCAAAGCUACAAGCAUGUCUGAUAAAAAGGAAAAACAGCUGCAGGAUAAUGAAAAAAGGUUGACUGCUCUACAGGAGAGGCAAAAAGAACGAGAACUGCAGAAGAAACUUAUUCAGGGAGCGUUAACCAGUCUGGAAACUCAGUCGGCAAAUAAACAGAAGCACAUAGUAUUUGAUUCAGAGGAUGAAUCUGAAAAUAAAGAUGAAGUACAAGAAAGCAUGAAAGGAGGGUCUUCAGGACAGCUGCUGGGAAAAGAAUUUACUACUAAAACCUCUGGAAAGUUGUUUGAGAGCAGUGAUGACGAAUCAGAAACAACAGAUGAAGAAGAUGACAGAUUCAAAAUCAAACCUCACUUUGAGGGUAAAGCUGGAGAGAAGCUUAUGCAUUUACAGUCACGAUUUGGAACAGAUGAAAGAUUUCGUAUGGAUGCUCGCUUCCUUGAAAGUGACAGUGAACAAGAAGAUGAAUCAAAAGUGGAAAUAGAUGAAGAGGAGGAGCUCACUUUAGAAAAAAAGAGAAAUCUUGACAUCUUGAAAAAUCUUCUGAAUAUUGGUGCAGAACUUUCGAAACCUCGCAAGCAGACAGCAAAUGCCAAGAAAUUCAAAGAUAUGAAUACCCUACGCUAUGACCCUACAAGGGAAGAUCAUGCUGUUUUUGAAAGGAAGCCAGAAAACACUGAGAAAGAAAGUAAAGCUAAAAGGAAGAAGCAGAAGGAGGAAGCUCAGAAACUGCCCGAGGUGUCUAAAGAAAUCUUUUAUGAUGUCACUGUGGAUUUGAAAGAGAUACUUGGAUCUACAAAGUGUGAUGAGAAAACAGAACAAAUACCUUGGGAUAAACAUGAGGAUGUGGAAGAAGCAACUCCAGCUGAGGGAGAGACAUUCGUAUUCAGUAAUGGAACCGACAGAGAAGAGGAAACCAGCGGUUUCAGAUUUUCCUUUUUUGGUGCUGAAGAGGAGAGGCUGCCAAUGAAAGAAGAACCCUAUGUAAUUGAAACAAUAAAGGCUUCAAGGGUUGCAUGGCAAGAGGAUCCACGUUUUCAGGACAGUAGUUCAGAAGAUGAUGAGACAGAAGAAGUUGAAAGAGAAGAUGUCGAAGAAAUGUCUCCAGCUCUACCACAGACUAAUAUUAGAUUUUUCUUCUUCUCCCGAGAUGAUGAUAGAUUAAAAGAGGGUCCAAAGCUGUUCUGUAAAUCUUCUAAUCUUGAUGAAGACAGAGAUGAUUGGGAAAGUCGACGCCAAACAUUACUUGAGGAUUGUCGGAAGAAACAUAAAGAUGCAAGAAGAAAAGUUAAAGCAAAACACUGAAUACAGCGGCCCUGCGAAACAACAGUGAUACAAAAAACACUGGACGUUCAAAACUGGGAUAAUGGAAGAUGUCUCAAGAAAUGCUUCUGCGAGUUAUUUGAAAAUUGGUGCUGAACACAAAGUGCCAUGAAAUUUGGGCCUUGCACAGGUUGGGCAUCUACUUUAUGAAAAGUAGGUUUCUGGUUUGAGAAGAGCCAUAAGCUGUAGGCAGAUCUCCUUUGAUUUGCCUGCAUUCAUUUACUUACGUGGUUGCAAUAAUAAAGUAAUCCAGAAUAAAAUAUCAACUGGACUAUAAGGGUGGAGUCCUACUAUGUCUACCACCAUUCUUUUGGAUGUAAGACUGUAUGCCACAAAUAUUUGGAAGUGGAGUUUUUUCUUAUGCAUAGCAGAGGGUUGGACUAGAUGACCCUCGGGGUCCCUUCCAGCUCUACAAUUCUAUAUACACCAGAAAGUAACAUUUGGGAGAGCAGUUCAUAGAGCAGGUAGACGUCAGUGUAAAUUGAUACACUGUCCUAAAACAUGCAAGUGUAAGAAACUGGCUAAGGAGCAAAUACACAAAGGUUUUAAACCUCUGCAAUGUUAGAUAUUACAUUUAAAGUACAAGUGCAAUUAAAGUGGCGGGGAAGAAUAGGACAAAGGUAUUCCAUUCAAAUUGUACUGGAGCAUGUGCUGUUUUCUGAUGUGUUCAACGCGCAUCAGACAGAGACAAAUGACAAAAACCAAACUGCAAUUCCAUUACUUUACAGGGAGUGAGCCCCCUCCCCUUAAAGUUGGUGUGACUUCCUUGGGAUAAACAUAUUUAGGAUUGGCCUACUAUAUUUCAGUCCAAAACUUUUAAAUGUGAGCAUUUUCAUUGAUGGUAGUGUGGGUUGAUCACAUUUUUAGGCUGAAAUCAGUUUCAUUGUGUUGGAUAAGCAGCUCCCAACUGAAAAUAAUGCUAAAUUAUUUGCUGUCUUGCCACAUUGGCUGUUUUUAUAUAACCAAACUUUUAGUUUCUGCUGUAAAAUAAAACUGUAAAUUAUAUUUUUUCCAAAGUGAAAAUUGUAUCAGUAACAUCAAAUAUGUAAAUAAUUGUAUUUCUAAAUAAUACAAAUUGAUAAUUUAAAGCAUGUGCCUAUAACUAGUCAUCUCAUUGGAUUUGUGUGGAUGUGCUGUUUUGAGUAAUGAACCACCCUGCACAGGAGUUUUCUUUCCCCUGAACAUUCAUCCCUGGCAAAAUCAUCAUCAUCAUCAUUUUAUUUGUAUGCCACCUUUCCAUAGUUAAAACAAUGCUCAAGGUGGCUUACAACAUGACAAGAUUUAUGUAAUUACCAACAUAACAAAAGUCAUAAGCAGUAAAUAAAACACAUCAAAAAGUACACA